AUGUAUGAUUAUAAUGAUGAUAAGAAUAAUUAUUCACCUUAUUAUAAUGAUAUUGAAGAAAAAACAACUCAAAAAAUAAGUAAAGUUUUAUGUAAUACAUAUGAAGAAAUUGCAUGUGAAGGAGGAUAUGAAUGUAUUAAAAAAGAGUUUAUGUGUGAUGGAAGGUAUGAUUGUUAUGAUAAAUCUGAUGAAUCUCCUGAUAUAUGUUUUUUUCAAAAAAUUAAUUCAUAUCAAGAAAAUAGAGGAAGAUUUCGUCCUUCAACUUCUCAAUGUCCUAAAACUUGGUUUUUUUGUAGAGAUGGGUAUAAAUGUAUAGAACCAAUAGCAGUUUGUGAUGGUUACAAUGAUUGUAGAGAUGGAUCAGAUGAAUCUUCUUUUUGUCAUUAUUUAAACAUAGUUCGUAAAAAAACAGAACAAUAG